GAUUAACCGGUAUCUGAUAGCCGCAUCACUAAAAUUUUUGUGUUUGUAUAAAUGUAACAAAUCGACCCAGGAAGUCGAUUCCUUUUAUAGUUAGGCGCUAGGGUAGGCUCUGUUUUUAAGAUUAGUUCCAAAUUUUUGUCCAUAAAGCAGCUCCAACACCUUCAAUUUUUCGGGAAAUGUCCUUUGUGUGGCGUCCAUAAUGUGGCGCAGGCGCAUCCACAACUUUGUGCGAGACAUUCUUGUGUCAGAUGGUCCUCCGAAGCUUACGACGCGGCUUUACAUCUUGCCUGAGGGAAACAGGCGGCACUUGGAAAAUGUGGAAAAUGCACACCGAGGAGUGUGCCAAUACCGGCGGCAUAUUACGGCAGCUGGAGCAGACCGCUCUGCUGUCAGCGCGGAGCGAGUCAAUGACCUGGCUGACGCCGUGCAAUUGUCUGCCCAUCUGGAGCCGGCGGCUGCGCCGCAACGUGGAGGGCUGUCAGCGGCAGUGCGACGCUGCUCGGAGCCAGAACUUCGACGUGGAGGUGGCGGGACGACUCUGGUCGCUGUGGGGCGGUCUGCAUCCGAGGGCUCCUUGGUUCGACGGGAAGGUGCGUGGGCGUCAAACGCUGGGGUGCUGCGUGGUGGCCUGUUGUGUGGCCAGUGCAUUCCGCCACCUUGGCGAGUGGAGCGGCAAGCUGCUGGACGCCAUAGUGGUUAACGGAGACCGCUACUACCGCGCCAGCGUGGAGCAGAGCGAGCGUUGGGACCUGCACCUUUCCAGGACCUACGAUUCCUGGUGCAAACUGAGUUGGUGGCCUUCGGUCACCUCUAGCUCCCCAGCCAGCACCGAAAUGAGCUUGCUGGAGGGCCUCACCUACUUCUUCACGCGCUUCCAGUGUGGCGUCCUGGAGUGCCGGGAACGGCACUUCUGCUUCGGGCACAGCUCCAGCCGCGAUGGAGGCUACUUCCUGUUCGACUGUUCCGCGUGGGCCGAACCCCUUUUCCCGGACGACAUGGGCGCCUCCUACGUGCUGCUGGCCAAGCAGCUGCAGAUGCUACUCUACUGCGUGGUGGUCACGCUCAAUGUGCGGCGCCGAAAUGUCGAGUUCCGGCUGUACAACGUGGACGUGGCCCGAAUGCCCGGCGAUGCCCGAAGAUGCAGUUGCAAUUCUGCAGCGCAAAAAUGGAGUACCUAAGUCAUUUGACAC